AAAACAAUAACAAUAUUGCUUGGACCAGUUCAGUUAAUUUGAAUCAAUUAUUGUGCGAGUAGUUUUUUUCUUGAAAAAAAAUUAAUGGCUGCCAUCAAAGGGUCCAAAAACAAAGAUGCUGAGGCUCCAAAUACGGAUACUGACGGAAAUGUUGUGGCUGCUGUAGCUAAUGCAGCUGUAUUAGUGAUAAAGAAAUCUCUGGACGUCAAUAAAUACGCAACAAAGAAAACCAUAGCCCAAGGUUUAUUGGACGUGGCCCUGUUAACUGCCAAUGCCUCCCAAUUGAAAUACAUCCUGCAAGUUGGAGAGAAACAUGAAUUUUACGCAUUGAUGCUCAGCCUGAUUAGCAUUUCCAUUGUGUUGCAGGUAGUGCAAGCUUGCCUUUGCGUUAUGCUCGGUUCUGCAUUGAACAUCAACAAAGAGGAACACUGUCCCAACGCCAAUAAGGCCAACAAUAUCAUUUUGUGCAUGAAUAUUGUAUUAAUGGCGGUUAACGUUUUGAUUGGGACUUUUGAAAUGAAAGAUGCUGCGGAAGUGUUUGAUUGGUUGUCCAAUCAAACGACUACAGAAGUUCCAUAGCCCAAAAACUCGAAACUCAUCAAGUUGGAUUUAAACUACAUAAUAAAUUCAUAACAUUUUUGGCGAGACUCCAAAGACCAAAGCAUAUCAUUAUUAUUAUUAUUAUUUCUUACAUUAUGAUCAACUUAAUUAAUUCGUAUACUAAUGCAGGGGUUUAUUAUACCUAUGUACAGUCAAGUUUCCAGAGUUUUCAAUAGCUCUGUUCCAACAGACAUGAGAACCUUUCCAGAAACAGUAAUUUCCAGUUGCCCACCUAUUUUUCUAUAAGUUGAACGUUUAUUCUAAUUGAUAAAUAAAUUAAUCGACUGGAAAUUACCGUUCUAGAACGGUUCUUAUCAUGUCUGUUAGAACACAGUUAUUGAUGUUUUAGAAGAUGGUUCAUAAUAUAAAAAACUUAUUCAUAUGAUUAUUUAGCAUCUUCUCUAUAACCCUUAAGAUCUCAUAAUAUCACAUUGUAUUCUGCAAUUUCCUAUUCUAAUAAUAUUUUAAGGUUUGUUAUACAGUAGGUAAUUCAUUAUGAUAUGUUUAUGAAUGCUUCAUAUCUUUUAAAUUUAGACAAUAGAGUCCUUUCUUCCGGCUUUAUAUUUUAUAUUUAUGCAUGACAAUUAUGUAUCUAUUAAAUUCUAUAAAGGCUAUCUAUAAUGGUAUUUAAUAUAAACCUCAUAAGUAUUUCAUUGUUAGUUUGUUAGAAGUACCCAUUUAAGUAUCUAGCUUAAGACUAUAUUUUGCACCAAAUUCUUUAGUUUAUUUAACUAUAUCUUAUCUAAAUUAAAAACUAAUUAUUAUUUAUGUGAUAAUACCUACUUACCAAUGGUAAUUUAUGUUAGGUAACCUAUUUUUGUAUAAUAAAAUAUUUAUUUGCUUGAUUUCGAA